CCGAGCCGGCGCCGGCGAUGGAAGAGCUCACCGCUUUUGUCUCCAAGUCGUUUGAUCAGAAAGUGAAGGAGAAGAAGGAGCUCAUCACCUACCGGGAGGUGCUGGAGAGCGGGCCCGUCCGGGCGGCCAAGGAGGCGGCGGCGGCGGCGGCGGCAGCGGCGGCGGCGGCAGGAGGCUCCGCAGAGCCCAACCGGGACGACCGACUCAGCCCGGGGGCCCGGGGGGCGGCAGGCAGCGGCGGCGGCGGAGGGCGCUCGCCGGGGCGAGAGCUGGAGAUGGGCGCCGUGGACCGGAGCCGGGAGGCGGGCACUCCCAAACUCAGCGAAGUUUCUCCGGAGCUGAAGGAGCGCCGGGACGACGCCAAAGGGAUGGAGGACGAGGGACAGACCAAGAUCAAGCAGCGCCGCAGCCGCACCAACUUCACCCUGGAGCAGCUCAACGAGCUGGAGCGCCUCUUCGACGAGACCCACUACCCGGACGCCUUCAUGCGCGAGGAGCUCAGCCAGAGGCUCGGCCUGUCCGAGGCCCGCGUGCAGGUCUGGUUUCAGAACAGAAGAGCUAAGUGCAGAAAGCAAGAGAAUCAGCUGCACAAAGGGGUUCUCAUAGGAGCAGCCAGCCAAUUCGAAGCCUGCCGUGUGGCCCCCUAUGUGAACGUGGGUGCAUUGCGGAUGCCCUUUCAGCAGGAUAGUCAUUGCAACGUGACGCCCUUGUCCUUUCAGGUGCAGGCGCAGCUGCAGCUGGACAGCGCCGUGGCGCACGCGCACCACCACCUCCACCCGCACCUGGCCGCGCACGCGCCCUACAUGAUGUUCCCGGCGCCACCCUUCGGCCUGCCGCUGGCCACGCUGGCCGCAGAGUCCGCCUCGGCCGCCUCGGUGGUGGCGGCGGCGGCGGCGGCCAAGACCACCAGCAAGAACUCCAGCAUCGCCGACUUGCGGCUCAAGGCCAAAAAGCACGCCGCCGCCCUGGGCCUCUGACUCGCCCCCGCCGCCCCCUUGGCCGGGCACGUUGCAAUGCAGGGGUGGGGGAGGGGCCGGUGCCCCCCACCCCCGCCGGACUCGAACCUGCGACCCUGCGGUCAGCUCCCGGCAAGCGCCUGCGCUCUCCCCCAGGGGGCAAUCGGCGCUGCCGCCGAGGUUUUGUUUUCUGCGCCGCUCGAGAAGACGACGACGAAGGGGGAGAGAAGGUGAAGGACCCCAGGAAGGCAGAAGAAGGCGGCGAGGCGCUGGGUGCAGAGGGGGGCGAGUUGGGGGGAAGAGACCCUGCUUGAUCGGACCAAGGCACUGAAGGGGGGGGGGUGAUUUUGCAACCGAGGGUGGUGGUGGGGAAAGCCCCGCUCCCCGCCCCCCCAGCCGAAGCGGGCAGACUCGGAGAGAGCGAGAGAGACCCCGAUUUCAGGAUGAAACAGACGCGCCGCUGGGAAGUCCGCGGCUUUUGAGACUGACCUGGUUCUGCGAAGUUCACUUUAAUGCGAGGAAUUUGAUCAGAGGGGCGGGCCUCCUUUCACGUCGCAUCAGUUGCUGGAGUUGAGCGGGCACAGACUGGAGACCGAGAUGAGGAGGAAAGGAAAAGAAGAUCUUGCUUUAUAUUAAAAUAAAAAAGAGGAGGGGGUGGGGGGGAGAGAGAUUGCAAAGGGCGAGGAAGAGACGGGAUUUCUCUGCCGGUUGCUGAAAGGGGGGACCUGGCCGGGCUCCUGGUGCUAGCAGAGUUCCGAUGGUGUGCUUGGGGUUGGGGUUUCCUUCAGAAUCAUUUGCACUUCACUGAUGUCUUUAGGACUAAAAAGAGGAGAAGGGGUGUGUGUGUGGACAAAUCACAGGAGCACCCCCAGGGGCAGCUGGGAUUUCUCCCAAGGGGCUUGAGGGAGGAAAGAGACUUGGCAUUCACUGAUGCUUUCAGGCCCCCAAGAGCCAGCCCCCUUCCUCUGCAGAGUCUCAGGGCCAUUCCGCACAUGCAAAAUAAUGCACUUUCAGUCCACUUUCACAAUUGUUUGCAAAUGAAUUUUUCUAUUCUGCACAGUAAAAUUCAGGAGCGAAGUGCGUUGAAAGAUGAUUGAAAGUGCAUUAUUCUGCAUGUGCAGAAGGGGCCUCGCCUGGCUCUGCCAUGAUUCCACACUGCAUAUUUAUAAUGUGUUGCAAUUGUCAUAAAUAUGCUGGGCGGAAUCCACUGAGGUGUGCGGUUGGUGUGACCAAGUCAAAGAAGCCGCCCUGGGCCAGAGUGAGCCUCUUGGAUACUCUGUGGCCAACCAGCCGUGCCUGGUGGGGCCUACCUCUGAGUAAAUCUCCUUGCAGGUAGAGCUCUGUGGAAUCCAGAGACUUGCUGUCCAGCAAAAGGGGAAUCUGUACUCCGCAGGACAGUUUAGCCCAGAUCACAUUGGCAUUCAUCGAGGGGCUCUGCACGGGCACCCUUAAGGCUUGGGGAGAGCAGGAGGAUUUCCAGCCUUGAAAGGGACAGAAGUAAACAAGCUUUUGUGUCCCCUCCCCUCCCUGUAUUACAUUAACCCCUUCCGCUCCACACUCUUCCACCAUCCCACCCCCAAAAUAAUGCCCACAAUAAUGGGUGACUUUUUUUUAAAAAAAAGGAUGUUAAUGAUACACAUAAACGAAUGGUUAUUUUGGCUAUAAACUCGUGCUGAUUGUUCUGCCCGGCCUUUCCAUUCGAGCCCAUGCCCAUAAGACUGCGACAGAUCUAUUUUCUUUUCCGAAAGGCCUAUAGAGCUAUAAGGCGAGGCCCCCACGACGUGGCUGGGAAAUCCCUCCACUCAAAACCUUCCAGAGUUGAGUGCUUUUUUGCCAAGAAAAAAAGGGGGGGGGGCAGAGGGUGGGGGAGGGGGAAGAGAAGGCAGGCGAAAUGGGAAAAUCUCUUCCCGGUGAACUCUGCUAGGAACAGAGCUUUGUAAUUAUUUUGUUCUCCAUGAAAACAAACGGAAAAAAAAUUAUUUAUAUGGACCGUAUUUUUUCUAGCGUGUUUUAAGUUAUUGGAUGGGGGGGGGGGAGGAGAAAAGCAGAGGGAGAGAGAGAAGGAAAGAAACGAAUCGAUGCUGUUGCUUCGUUGAUGUUUUCCUUUCCGUGUCCUGCAUUUCGUUCCACUCAGGUUUCGCUUCUCUUCUGUUCGGUCAUUGUUGACGGCAAGGUUUUUUUCCUAAUAAGUGCCAAGUUAUGAACUGAAGACACUUUUUUUGCAAUCUGUGGAAUUGGGGGGGAAAGAGAGUAAAGGAUGAGCUGAUGGUUUCGCAUAAUUGUUGUUCGUGUUCCUAUUAAAUCCGUGGUGCCACC